AUGCCCCAGGAACGACGAAAAGGUCGGAUCCCCAAGUCCGAGUACGACUUGAUGCUCGUCAAGCGGCGGAGAUUCCGUCCCGCAAAGGCCUGCUACCCGUGCCGGCGACGCAAGGUCAAGUGCAAUCUCAGCCAGCCCUGCGAGAGCUGCAACGUCCGUGGACACCCCGAUCUCUGUGAUUAUACGACACCCCCGCAGAGCAAGGCUGCGAAAGCAGGUGAACUACUACCCGUUACAAGUGAGCAGAAAACUUCACCAAAAAAUACGGCGAAUGGCAUGUCUCAGGGGCUCUAUGUGAAUCCCGUCGCGCCAUACGACACAAAACUGCACCUUGGCCCGGAUUCACUUCCCAGUCUGGUUUCCAAAUACCAGAACCUCAGUUCUCAGCAGCAGCAACAGGGCCGGAACGAUGUCAACAUAGAUGCUUUGAAGCCGCCGACCAAUCCACAAACUAUUGUUGAACUUCUAUGUCUGCAAGAUUCGAGUACCAUCUCGCCGUUUACGAAUCUGUGGAAGCCGGGAGAUGGCCCUGAAGUCGUUUAUAACGCGCUGCCUGACGAUGAGGCAAUAAAGGGCUAUGUGCUGUUCUUCCAAAGCUCCCUCUUCCGUAUUUUGCCUUUCACCAUUAGCUUGACCCAGUUUGAAGCUACCCUUUCUGAGUUUCUUGACCAACGGGCCAAAAUUCCUGUAGAAACCUUGAGGAAGCCUCCCCCAGCUUGCAUACCGACCUGGUUCGGACUGCUAUUUGGCAUACUUGCAUGCGGCGCACAGCUUGGGUCAGAUAAAGAGUCGGAACUGAUCAAAGCUCGUGUUUUCGCAUGUUGUGCAUUCCAGUGUUUACGGCUGAGCAAUUUCAUCUCGUUUCCUGAUAUUGCCACGAUUCAAGCCCUUAUAUUACUCGUCAACUUCCUGCAGAACCAGGCCAAUGCUGGAGCUUCAUGGUCAAUGCUAGGCCUUACUAUACGUCUUGCGCAGACACUCGGACUUCACUGCUCUCCAAGCCCUGAUAUCAUCGCCCCAGGUCAACGAGACGAGGCCACUGUCAAGUAUCACAUAUGGCGAUGUUUGAUAUGGCAAGAUACCUUAGUCUCGCUAUUGUACGGGAGACCGUCUUGCAUUACCGUUCACGAAGACGUCCCGUCGCAACUGUCCUCGUCAUCGCCUCACCUACACUCAUUUACGACGAGCUGCAAUCAUCUUUUUAUAACGGCAAACAAGAUUAGCCAAGAAAUCAACAGAGCGACAUUCUCGGGUCACCAGUUGUCCCUUGCUGAGAUCAACUACUUCAGAAAGACAAUUGAACAGAUUGUCAAUUACUCAACACCUCAUCUUCGGGACAUCGCAGCAUGUCAAAAUCGUGAUGAAUGUAUCCAGCACAACUUUUUCCGCGCGUUUGUGGACUCGGUCAUUCUCUGUCUUUGUCGUCCAGCAGUUCUCUCCCACGGCCACGCGUACAACACAGAAUUGGCGGACAUCUACUUCAAGCGCUGCCGCUCAAUCCUGCAAAUUUACCUCGAAUUGCUCAGACUCAAUUGUCCGAUUCGGCGAUCAUGGGUCUUUGUUCACGUUACGCUCAGUUGCGCCCUGACUCUCGGGCUUGCUGCUAAUACGAAUAACGAUGCGUCCGACAAGCUUUUCCUCAAGGAGUUUCUGGAAACCUUUUCACAAACCAAUAUCUUUGCUCAUGUUCCUUCCUAUCAGAAUGCGUUGCACUUGCUUCGGCAGUCAAUGAGCACGAGUGAGUAA